ACAUCUGCCAUUUGGUUGUUUGCUCCAAAAUGGACCCUCCUAUGAUGUUGCCCUAUUUGCCUACUAUUAAUGCUCCCAUUAUGUACCCCAUGGAGUACCAGAACUUUGGAGCUCAGAACUUUGGGACCCAGAACCCUCAUUUGUCCUACAACUAUAAUAAUAGUUUGGCCAACACUUCAUUUGCUGCUGCCAAUCCAUUCGGAAGCGCUGCCGCCACCUACACAGCUGCAGCUGCAGCUGCAGCUGCCGCCGCCGUACCUCAUCCGGGCACCCUCCAGACAUCCACCGCUUACACCCCCCAACUGUUUAUGGAGAAGAUUUCUGCAUUCUUACCAGCGCCACCACUCGUCAAAGUACCGAACCGACCUAACUUCAAUCAGCAGAUGCAACAAAAACGCAGUAAGAGAAAGUCCAAAUUCACUGUGCAACAAGACGAAAUGAUUAUAAACCUCAAACGCAAUGGUAAGAACUGGGUGGAAAUCGCCGAAAUCACCAAAGUGGGGUCGUAUCUUGCUGCCCGGAAUCGCUACCAGGUGAUAAUAGGGCAACAAGGAAACAACAACUCUUCCAGCUGGAGUCUGGAAUUGAACUUGGCUCUCAAGAAGCUUAUCGACAAAUACGAAGUUGAGAAGUGGAAAUUUAUUACCAAGGAGCUCAACAAGAUCUUCAAUCGGGAUUUUGAUUACAAGGAGGUGCAGCUGCUUGUGCAGUCGAUGUUUGAGGCUAAUCCUUAUUCAUUCAAGGUGAAUGAUGAGCUCAUUCACGAGUUAGUGAAAGAGAAGAAGAUUACAGACAAGGCACAUGAGAGUGUGAAGAACAAUGAUUUUGAUGAUUUUUUGAAUUAUCAGAUUGAUAACGAAUAUAAUGAUUUGAUGUGAAUAGACCAAUACAUUAUUUAUUGGUACGGUGUUAUUAUGUGGAGACAAUUUUUUUGAUAAGCUUUGUUCGUAUUUAGAGUAGAUGUGAGGGCUGGAAAAUAUUUUAUUUUUCAAAUUUCUCGUGUUUGACAAUAGUGAACAAUAAGAAGGGUUUCGACUCGGCGUUUUAGGCUGGGAGGAGCUGUGGUAAUUU